CCUUCAGACGGCGCGCAUAAACAAAGUGCACACUUUGCAAAGUGGCGCGAUCGGCUUCACAGAGGACGGCACUCCGACUCUCAUGUUACCACUCGGGUGCUUGUUUUUCAUUUUUAAACCACUUGACUUUUUAUUUUUUAUUUUUACAAGAAACAACUAGAAAGGAAUUUUUUUUUUGCCUCGCUUUUAGAGUACUGUUUUUUUAAUUAUUAUUAUUAUUAUUAUUACCUCGACAUUUCUUGGUGAUUAUUGCGGAUGGGAAAAGGAUACUAGAUGCGGGCUUGUCAUCAUCGCAAGUAAAGACGGAACCGCCACAGCAAAGCAACACAGGUUCGGAAAAGUGCCCCGCGCCGAGCCCCGAAUCCCGGCGAUUGGACCCUUCCUCCGCCGAGCCCUGCCCGCUUCAGGAGCCCCGUCCCGGCAGGAGCCACGCCACCUCUGAAGCCCGGACACCCAGCACCAUUCAGCGCGAAGCUCUCACACCAGAUCUAUGGCAUUGUGACAAUGAACAAGCGCACUCAGUUAUUGGAACAGCUGCAGUUUGUCCAGUUGAAAUGCACACCUCGAGACAUGCCCUGCGUGCAGGCUCAGUACGGGCCCGCCCCCCCAGGCUCCACCUACUCCGGCCAGUCUUUCGGUUACCAAGGGGACAGCUACGGCUCUGACCUCAUGACCUCCGACUACACCAAGCUGGACCUGGGCGGCGGCGAGAUCUCCGCCGCCGCCGCCACCACCUCCCUCCCCAGCUUCAACGUCUUCGUGGAGGGGGGCUACGAGCCCAAGUCGUCCUGCCUCUACCAGAUGCCCCCGCACAGGCCCGCCAUCAAGAAGGAGGAGGACAGCUACCCGUCCGCCCCCCAGCUGGAGGCGCUAUCCUCCUCCGCCAUGUACUUUAAACAGUCCCCACCUUCGACUCCGACCACCCCCUCCUUGCCCCCGCAGCCCGGCACCUCCUUCCUGUGGGAGGAGCACCCCCUCGCCCUUCCAUCGCAUCCCCACUCCAUGGGCUCCAACCUGGACACGAGCUCCCUCAAGUCCCCCCGCUUUCCACACUUCUACCAACACUCGCCGCCCCACAGCGGGGGCAGCGCAGGAGGCUACGAGGGUCUCUCGGGGGGCCUGGUACGCACUUCCUCCUCCUCUUCCUCCUCGUCAUCGUCAGUCUCCCAUGCUCACGCAUCGCCCCUGGACCAGCAGCCCAUGUAUCAGCUGCACCGCGGGGCCGGGGGCACCAGCCUGGCAUUCCGCUCCCUGGCGCUCGGCCCCUGCGGGCCCUUGCUCGGGGACAGCCUGCCCUCGCCGCCGCCCCGCGGGCCGCAGGGGGAAGGGACCUGCGCGGUGUGCGGGGACAACGCCGCCUGCCAGCACUACGGCGUUCGCACAUGCGAAGGCUGCAAAGGCUUCUUCAAGCGCACCGUGCAGAAGAACGCCAAGUAUGUGUGCCUGGCCAGUAAGAACUGUCCCGUGGACAAGAGGAGACGCAACCGAUGCCAGUACUGCCGCUUCCAGAAGUGUCUCAGCGUGGGCAUGGUCAAGGAAGUGGUGCGCACCGAUAGCUUGAAAGGGCGUCGUGGCCGUUUGCCCUCCAAACCAAAGAGCCCCCUGCAGACAGAGGCGGCCCCUCCCUCUCCGCCCCUCAGCCUGAUCUCCGCACUGCUCCGGGCUUAUUCCCACUGCACGCCCCACGACCUUGACUACAGCCAGUUCAGUGCUGCUGACCCCCCCUCCUCGUCUUCGGAUGCCGAGCACAUCCACCUUUUCUACCGGCUCCUGACUAUUUCGAUGGAGACCACGCGGUGCUGGGCCGACCGGCUUCCAGGGUUUUCCGAGCUCCUGAGGGAUGAUCAGAACCUGCUCAUAGACUCCGCCUUCUUGGAGCUGUUUGUCUUGCGAUUGGCUCACAGGUCGAUGCUGUCGGAGGAUAAACUGGUGUUCUGUAACGGUUUGGUGCUGCACAGGUUCCAGUGCCUUCGUGGUUUCGGAGAGUGGCUGGACUCCAUUCGAGACUUUUCCAACCAUCUCCAGAGCCUAAACCUGGACGCGUCCGCCUUCGCCUGCUUGGCCGCGCUCGUCCUGCUCACAGAGCAAGUCCCUGGCCUGAAGGAUUCCAAGCGGGUGGAGGAGCUCCAGAAUAAAGUGAUUUGUUGUCUCAGAGACCACCUGGGCUGCGGCCCCUCCUCCUCGUCGUCGUCGUCAUCCUCGUCCAAGGCCACGCCCGCCCUGAGUCGUAUUCUGGGCUUAAGGGCAGAGCUGCGCUCCCAGAGGACUCAGGGCCUUCAGCGGAUCUUCUACCUGAAGCUGGAGGACCUGGUGCCACCUCCGCCUUUGAUUGACAGGUUCCUGGACACUCUGCCUUACUGAUGGUUGAAGGAUGGAGAGGAAAAUUGAAAGAACCCCCCCCUCCCCCAACAACAAAAAAAAAAAACUCACUUUGCUAUGUGAUGCCAACAGGACAAGCACCUAAAAAAGACACGAAAAAUGCUUUGCCACUUUUGAUUUGGAAGACGGAAGGACAUUUUGCCGUCUGGUUAAGGGGGGGGGCCAGUUCUGAGAACAUCAUGCAUUGCACACAUGUGAGCGUCCACAUGUUCAAUAACACAGGAAGCGCAUUGUUUGAUUCCAAGUGCAAUUUCGGACCGCUUUUUCUCGUCCCGUUGGAGGAAGCAUACGGAAUGGCUUCAUUUCAAACUCUAAAUUAUUUGAAGACGUGUCCCAUAUUGUCAGUCCGGCUCAGAAGAAAGACGGCUGGAGAGGAGAAACGUGCACUAACGAUUGAUGACUGUUCACUCAGACUUGAAUGGCUUGUUUUUGUGUUUUUUUUUGCUGUUUUUUUUUAUUUUUAUGACGCACUUACACCCUGCAAAGGGCGACAAGCACCGACACACACCCGGAGAGCAGGGUGCUCGAUAAGGUAGACCCACGGGCCAAACAUUCCGCAGUUUUUUUUUUCUAUUUGUGGCGACGUGAGUGUGAGCGGGACCGUGUUUGAUGCUGUUUUUUUUUUUGCCUGUGUGUGUGUGUGUGUGUAUGAGAAGCUUGGAGAAGCCAGCAUCUUCUGCAUGGUGUGUUUUAAAGCUGUGGAGAAGCAGCUUGCCUCAUUUGUCUCAACCACCCCCCCCACCCCUCCGCUCCCUGAAAGAAAGAAAAAAAAAAAAAGCCCUCACCCACUCACGGCAGCAGUGAUAUUUAAAAAAAAAAAAAAAACUAAAGAAAAAGAAGGAAAAAAAGCAAAUUCUAUAGAUAUAUAAAUAUAUAAAUAUACAAAAACUAAUAUUUUGAAGUGUUUUUAGCUUUUUUCAAAUAUUGUGGUACGACUUGUGCAUUGUUUUCAAAAAGACGCAAAAGAAAAAAAAAAAGAGAGAGAAAAAGUUGCUGUUUUUUUUUUUUUUUUAAUGUCCCUCUUUGGUUUUGAGUUUCCUGUUCGAUUUUUUUUUCUUUCUCUUUGGUUCACUGGAUUUUCUGUUCAGCACUUUGAAAUCAUAAACUAGUUCUGAUUAUUCUGGCUCCUGUGUUGUUUUUAUAUUUGCCACUUCAUGCACUUCCUGACAAUGACAUGCGGUCAUGGUUUAUUGAUCCGUUUGAAUGCCU